AUGUAGUUGUACUUAGCACUACUUCUUGUAGAGUAACUCUUUUGUUUAGAAAUACAUCUUUAGAGUACAUUAUUUACUUUGAGCCUUGAACUUUGCUUCUAUCAACAUGUCUGCCUACAACAAGGUUCUUGCAAGGUUGCCUGGUGUUGCCAGAGCUGUUUCUCGUAGUGUCUACACAGCCACACGACCCAACUUGAUGAUAGAUAAAAAUACUAAAGUUAUCUGUCAAGGGUUCACUGGAAAACAGGGCACAUUUCACAGUCAACAAGCUAUUGAAUAUGGCACAAACUUUGUUGGUGGAGUCUCUCCUGCUAAAGCAGGACAAAAGCAUCUUGGAUUGCCAGUUUUUGCCAACGUGAAAGAGGCUAAAGAUGCCACAGGUGCAACAGCUUCAGUUAUUUUUGUGCCUCCACCUUUUGCUGCAGCAGCCAUUCUAGAAGCCAUGGAUGCAGAAAUUCCUCUUGUUGUAUGCAUUACUGAAGGCAUCCCACAGCAAGAUAUGGUGAGGGUGAAACACAGACUUGUUCGUCAAGCAAAGACAAGAUUAAUUGGGCCUAAUUGCCCUGGCAUUAUAAAGCCUGGUGCUUGUAAAAUUGGUAUUAUGCCAGGACACAUACACAAACCAGGAAAAAUAGGAAUAGUUUCUAGGUCUGGUACUUUAACUUAUGAAGCUGUACAACAAACAUCACAAGCUGGUCUUGGUCAGUCACUGUGUGUUGGUAUUGGUGGUGAUCCUUUCAAUGGUACCAACUUUAUUGACUGUUUAGAAUGCUUUUUGAAUGACCCACAAACUGAAGGAAUUGUAUUGAUUGGAGAGAUUGGAGGACAGGCAGAAGAAAAUGCUGCAGAGUAUUUGUCACAGAAUAACAAAGGACCCAAUGCCAAACCUGUAGUCUCUUUCAUUGCUGGGCUCACUGCACCACCUGGCCGUCGCAUGGGUCAUGCUGGUGCUAUCAUUGCUGGAGGUAAGGGAGGAGCUGAUGAAAAAAUUGCAGCGUUAAAAGCUGCUGGUGUGGAAGUAACAAUGUCUCCUGCUCAACUGGGAAGCACAAUGGCAGCAAUUAUGCAGAACAAGAAAACUGUUAGCUGAAAUCAUUGGUGAUCUUAACACUUAGACUUGAAACUAAAAUGAUUAAAUUAUAUAAUUACGGUGUAUCAUUUUUUAUUUUGUUCUCUCUUGGCCUUCGUGUUCUAGUGGGUGCCAUUGUUAAAAGAGUAUGAAUGCAAAAAGACUCAUUGAAAAUUCACACACAUAUGUUUAUUUUUCCAUCACCUCAGUUGUGGUGUCAGAAUGGGGAAGACAGAAGUCUGGUUCUAUAAACUUUGUCUGUAGUUCUAAGACUGUAUGUUUUGGGAAUAUCCUUUAUUAUUCUUAUUCUGAGUGUUUUUAAAUGUAUCUGAUUUGAUAACAACUAAUUGAAAGUGUAGUAGUCCAAAAUAUAAAAUAUACAAAACUAUUCCAGACCUUCGUAAUUUUAUUCCUAUUGUUUCUGAAUCCCAUCAACUUUGGAUUGUAUACAUAUUGUACACAGUCAGUCAGUACUUAUGGUUGUUGUUGUUGUUUUUUUGUUUUUUUUUUGUGUAAAUUAUUGAAUUGUUUUUUUGUUUUUUUUUUAAUUUUCUUUUUUUUUUCUAACUUGUAUGUUCGUUUUUUUAUCUUUGGUUGUAGAGCUAUUGAUUAUUUCUGUACAUACCUCAUAAUUGGUUGUAUAAAUUGUUGAAUCUUACUGUGUCGGAAAGCUAAACAUGUGUUUUUCAAAGGAUACUAAUGAAUCUAUGAUACAAAUAAAUUAUAAAAAUCAUGCA